ACCCGAGCCGCAGGAAAUAAACGCGCGCCCGAUGCUUUUCCAACGGCAAGCACGUUAAACACUGCAACCCUGAGCGCAGCGCGUUCGCAUUGUGUGCGUCACUUUGCAGACGACGAUCGGUGCGCGCAGGCGGACGAUUUUAGCGCGUACGUUUGGUUCGAACCAGCGACAGCUCUAACGCGCGCGAUCAGACCGUCCCCUGAUAAGCCCUGUGCGAGGCUUUCCCUCCGCUGUCGCGACAACCGCUAGGACCGAUAAGCCAGUUCGACGCCUCUGCUAGCCGUUUCACGAAGCGGUCAGAAGUGCGGUGCAGAAAUCACCUGCGAAACGGUAGCAGACGAUUGCCCUCCUCUCGGAACGUAUUGCCCCGCGUUUACGACCACAGCGCCCGCCAACACAAGCGAUGGAUCCGCGGCAGACAGUGAUCAAGAUUUUGACCCCUCUGCUGAGAUGCUUGUCGAUGACUUUGACGAUGAGAAGACAUUAGACGAGGAGGAGGCCUUGGAGAGCGACGCCAGUGACGACGAACUCAACACGCUGCAAAAGGAAGGUGAGAUGCCUCUAGAAGACCUUCUUGCCAUGUUUGGGUACAAGGACGGAGAACGGGUCGGUGGUGAGCCCGAAUCUGAGGAGGAAGAGGAGGACUCUGACGAGGAGGAAGAAGAAGAUGGUGACACCACUGAGGAAGUCCCAGAGAGUUCUGCCCCUAAGGUGGCAGCAAACAAGCCAGCGACGGAGGCACCAAACAAAGAGCCGGUGCCAAUGCUGGCACCAAAGGAAGUGCCGCCUUGUGCCGCUGUACCCACCCUAGUACUUCCACCGCCUGUCGAGGCCAAAGUGGCAACAACCACAAAGACUCCGUCCCCUGUCACCCGAGCGACGCCCACACCUCCCCAUCCCCCGCCGAGGCGUGAGCACCGGACUACUUCCACGGCUCAUCUGCUGCGAUCUGUCUCCCAUGCGAGUGAAUCUUCAAACUCCGACUCCGAUGAGGACUUCACACUAGAGGAGUACUGGAAGAAGAACUCAAACUUCAGUGACGUCAACAUACUGGGACCAGCAUACGCAAGAGUUCCACAUCAGACCAUACAAGUUGGUUCGGAAUACCAGGCCACCAUUCCUGUGGGGCUGUGUAAAUAUGAUGAUGCGCCAGCUUAUGAGAACGAAGAUCGAUUGCUCUGGGAUCCGGCCAAGCUCUCGGACAGUGAUGUGGAGGACUACCUUUCCACGGCUCAGGAGCCGACAGCAAACACCAUGGGGAGCAUCAACUCAUUACCCCUGGGCAGUCACACUCGAGAUGAUGAACAGGCGCUGUACUUGCUGCUGCAAUGUGGACACAACGUUGAGGAGGCAUUGCGGAGGCGGCGGAUGAACCCCACCAUACCCACAAAGAUGAGCCUUUGGUCUGAAGAAGAGUGCCGGAGUUUUGAGAGUGGCCUUCGGUUGUACGGCAAGGACUUCCACCUCAUCCAACUACACAAGGUCCGUACGCGCUCGGUCGGUGAGCUUGUGCACUUCUACUACCUGUGGAAGAAGACGGAGCGGCACGACAUCUUUGCCAGUAAGGUGCGUCUCGAAAAGAAGAAGUAUGCUCUGCACCCCGGAACCACGGACUACAUGGACCGCUUCCUGGAUGAGCAGGAGAAUUCCCAGCAGCAACAGCAACAGCAGCAGCCGCGUGACCGGUCCACAAGCCCAAGUGAAGCAAAGCGGCCAAGGCUCGCACUGCCCAUGCAGCUCACAAGUCAGCUCGUUGGUCCCCAAGAGAACGGUCGUGAAGCAUCCGCCGCAGCUUCCCUGACAGUGGCCGCUGAUCCAACACGCGAGAACGGCCGCGACCGGCUCUGGACGGCACCGGCAAGUUCAUCGGAUGAAGAUGAUCUCCCACUCAUCGCCACCACUGCUAGACCAACACUGGGCAAGGUAGCAGUGACAGUGGCAACGACAGCUGCAGCUCCAAGUGGCAAUGUUGUACAGGUCCUGAACAAGAUGGCAGCCACCAAUCUGGUCACCACAGUGUCUGCAACACAGCCACUUGUAGGGGUGACUGAACGGCCUCACACAGUGGUUCCUGACGAGUGAUGUGGCGGCAGCCACUGGUGUCCACGUGCAGAAUCUCUCUGCUCCUUUGCCGACGCAUCCAUCCUUCCAUCACACGCCGGAGUUUAGAAAAAAAAAUAUAAUCGCAGAACUUGGGACCAAGAGCGCUGUCACAGCGCUUCACAUCAUGAACUGCUCUGGUGCUGUGCGGGUGGAGCAUUUCGUGUUGCGCCCUCUGGUGGCAGCACUGCAUUUUUGCUUAUUACUUAACACGCGGUAUGCCGAGCCCUUUUCUGCGCCAGACGACAAAUGGGGAGAAGGGAACGCUUGGAGAAAGUGAUGUGCAUACUGUCACGAGGCCCCUGGAGCGGCACCAGGCUUCGUCAAAGCUGCCUAGUGUGUGCAGCAUUCUGUGCGACUGCCCGGAGGCAGGUCAAGCGCUGUUGCCGCUGUGUUGUUACUUAGUCUACGCAGUGUAGGUUGUAAAAAUGAGGUGAAGUUGGUCCUGUUGAUGUCCUCGAAUGUGACAAUUGUAUCUGGUUUAACGAAGGUUAUGUUAAUGGCGUAACACACACACUCCAGGCCAAGAAUAAUGAAACUCGCAUAUUGGUGCUGACCAUUGUCUUCAUAGUUUUUGUGCCAUGGUGAACAUUGAGAUGGGCAAAGCAUUCAGCUGGUACUCUCAGCACCGUAUUCACAAAUGGACUGAUACUUGUGAACUCCCAGUAGUGGAGAAACUUGGGCUGGUAGGUGUAAGGUAGUUCAAAUUCUGGAGGACCAGCACUCGGAUGAAGCACACGGAAAAAGAGUGGCAUACACAUUGCGCAGGCUAUCAGCCGUCGUAAGUUCAAUGCUUUUUGCUAUGAAUUCUAUAUGUUUGCGAAAAAGAACACAGAAAGGAAGAAGGGGUUGGGAACAUGCUGCAGACCCAUCGCACAGAUAUAAUAGUAUCUCCUUUUUAUGCACAAGCAGCAACGGUGUACUGAUAACAAGUCUCUCUUUCUCUCUCUCUUUUUUGUGCAUGUCAAGAAAGGCUUGAAAUAUUUUCCAGGCACUCUGCUCACGGAAUUCUCGAACGUCUAGUUUUUUGGAAAUGUAAAAGAAAGCUGAAAGUAGUAGCAAUAUGGUUGCUAAUCAGCGGUGUAUGUGUGUGCCGCUCUUUUCUGUGUAUUUUGUCCGAGUGGUGGUACUCCUGAAUUUGAACUUGAGAACUCUCCUUUGACUCUCUGCAUCAUGCAAGACUGCACCACCCCCAAGACUGAAAUAGACAUCGCACUUUGGUAACGCUGCCUGGUAAUUUGUGCAGUGCAAUUACGAGGGUUACCAAAGAACAGUGACCACUUCAGUUGAGGGGACGGUCGCCCUCCAUUUGCCGGAGUUGAAGCGGGGCAUUGAGGUAGAGGAACAUUUAAUGAAUACAGGAAAUUGUAGUACCAGCGCUGCAGAAGCGUAACCGUGCCGAAGCGCAAAUAUCAGAUGUGUCAAAACUCGUUCAAAUUGCAGGACACGCAGUAGAACUGUGUGUUGCUGCCUGCAGUAGUUGGUGUAAAUAUUUUAGCUUGACGGUCGUUACCACUUACCCCAUCAGCUGUAUCCAUCGUGCUUGUCAAAAAUGUGCAGCCAGCAGAGCUUUGUCACUCGGGCAUCCGUACUAGGGCGAAGGUACUGGAAGAUUGUGCACCGUCGUCUUGAAUAUUGAGAAGAGGUCUGUUGCUUCAUCACCAACAUGUCUGAGGCAAGCCCGGCGACAUGUCAUCGACUGAAUGCUUCUGGACAUGCAUAGUGCCCACCUCGCGAUGGAACUAUAUGCCACAAGCAGCGCUGCAUCAAGCUGUGCUGCUGUCGAAGACAGAGACUUCUUGUGGUAGAACUAACCAAGUCAACACGUCCCUGCUGGUUGCCAUGGCAAACCACACUUUCAUCUCACAGUGAACGCAACAAGCGUUAUUGCCAGAAAGUGCCUUCUAUGAACCCACCAUCACCACCACUGACAGAGCUGAAAGACUGUGCGCCGAGUUUAAACCCGAAUUUGGUGCGGUACGGGGAGGGGUGUUUGAUCCGCAUCUUCUGUGGCGGGCGUUUUCAAAGGGUAAGACGUGCUGUCAACCUUCUUUCGUUGCUUCGUUUUGCUACUUCUUUUAAGAUUAAAAGUGUAUACCGUAUUGUAGCAUAGGUGAAGUACCCAAAGAACAAAAAAACACCACUUUGUUGA